UUUUCCUUCAGGUUUGUUAACACACUAGUGUAUUAUGGUUUAUCGUUGAACACCAAGCAUUUGGGUGGCGAUAUCUAUAAAAACUUCUUUCUAUCAAGCCUAAUGGAGCUUCCUGCCUACCUUACCAGUGUUUGUUUGAUCAAUUGGUAAGUAGAGGUAUUGUAGUUACGCAAUGUAGUAUUUGAAUGUGUAAUUGUCUGACUCUUAGUGGUUACCUAGAUUACUCUGAGAUUUUGGGUUCUGGGAGUGCAUUGGCGUGAAAAAACCACUGAAAUUUCAUGAUGCCACCACUGGUUUCUCUGUGAAAUAACUUCUGAGAAAUGUGUGCAGAAAUUCCAUACUGGUGAUGUAUCACCACCCAGAUCUGGAUCUUAAUGCUUAGGUGGUUUUUAAUUUAUGAGUAUAAUCAGCAUAAACUGAAAUUUGAUACAGUGAUUGUCCUUUUUUUAGGAUUGGACGUCGCCGUAGUCUGUGUUACUACAUGACCAUAGGGGGAACAGCAUGUCUCGUCUGUUUAUUUUUUCAAACAGGUCUGUGAAAGUCUCCUCCUUACCACUUCCUUAUCCUGUAAACAAUUUUACCUUUUGCUUUGUUUUGCCAGAAACAAAAUGAAAUGUCAUUCUUCCAAAAAGUGUCUUAGGCUGGUGCAAUAACUAGGACUAAAGAUUUUAAAUUGAAUCACAAUAAAAGUCUUUAAGUAAAAUAUGUCUGGUCCAUUAUCCUUAAUUGAUGGUACAGUCAAAAUUCUAUGAAGCAGUCGUGACCUACAGGGAAGGGGCAAGUGGCCCUUUAAGAGAAGUUCCUUUUACAGUGAUUACUGACAGUUUUGCUCCCUGUGUCUCUUGUAACACACUGCAUGCUAGAUACAGGAUGGCCACCUAAUAACAGUUUUUGCUUUUAACAGAGGUUCCAACUCUUGCUAAUAAGUGAUGAAUAUUUAAAGGAUUAGACAUAACCUGAAGGCAUCGAUUUCUUUUCACUCUUCUGCUCUUUUCAGGUACCAAGCCAGUGUACAGGAUUCUAACAACCAUCUUUGCCAUGAUUGGCAAGUUUGGAAUCUCUGCUUCAUUUGCUGUCAUUUAUAUUUAUUCUGCAGAACUUCUUCCCACAGUAGUUAGGUAAUGUACGUUACUGUCUUAAACAAUUAAUUAGAAUCUUACAAUAAUUAAUUAAAACUUAUAUAGUGCAUUUUUCAUGGGGCUUGAUCAAAUGCACUUUACAAUGAGUUAAAAAGACUAAAAAUGACUAAAAUUUACAAGCAGGUACCAAGUUUUUUUAAAAAAGUAUUAACAAUAAAAUAAAUGAAAUAAAUACCCUGCUACUCCACUGCGCUUUACAGGAAAUUGAAAAGACUAAAAAUAUAUAAAAAUUUAUGAGCAGGUAAAGGUUUUUAAAGGUUUUUAUUAAAGUAAACGAAAUACAUACUCUACUACAAAUUAAAAGCUUGUUUAAAAAGAUAUGUUUUAACAUGGCUUUUAAAAUUUGAAAGAAAAGAGUACUGAACAUAAUACUCAGUAAUAGGAAAUCAACCUAAGGUCCUUAAAUCAGCUUAUUAGCUCUCCUUAAAAGGCGUUCUGUCAAAACUACGCUGAAUUUCAGGUGUUUUCUUGAAGAGUCUAAAUUCUUAGAGUUUCUGCUCUUGAAAAAGACACCCCAGAGUCCUGUAUAUGAACUGGGGCCGAUAAGUAAUCGGCUCCUGACAUGAAUCAGAGUUUUAAUGAUAUAAAGACAUAAUCAUCGAAUGCUUUUAUCUAAAAGUAGUUUUUAAAAGCAUUGUCAUAAAUCUCAAGUUCUUCGCGGAACCCUAAACGAGACCUUGGCGGCUUAAAAUAUUGGCGCUUUGCCCGGAACACCCUAAGCGAGACCAAAAUCCAAAGUUUACACCCCUAAGCGAGACGACGAGCAUCCCCGUCUGUUUCAUAUGGGAGUCCCCCCCCCCCCCGGGUGAAUCAGUUAAAGCCCAAUCACAAGCCAUUGGAGGAAGUGUUAGAAAAAAGCUUUUUAAUUAAAAUUUAUAUUAUUCAUAGUUCAUACUAUUUUAUAGGAAUGUUGGAAUGGGUGUGUGCUCCAUGGCUUCCAGAAUCGGUGGCAUUUGCUCUCCUUUUGUUGUUUUCUUGGUAAGUUUUCUUAUUCAAAAUUUUUGCAAUUGUUUACCAAAGUUUUGAAUUUUUUUUCUGGUUUGUCAGUUCCACUUACUUCCUUUUUCAUCUUUUAAUUACCGGAAAAUUCUGAAAAUAAGCCCCAGGGCUUAUAUUUUUCAAAGGCCCUUUUUGAGGGGCUUAUAAUUUGCGUUUCAAAAUCGAUUGGGCUAGCCUUAUAAUUGGAAGGAAAUUUUCCGUUUUUGCUUUGUUUUGCUUUGUAUUUGAGGGCAAUUUUCCAAGUACAAGUCCUCGGGGGGCUUAUAUUUGGAGGGUCGAUUUAACGGAGGCUUUUUUGCGUUACCGGAUUGGAGGGCUUAUACAUGGAGGGGCUUAUUUUCGGAAUUUUACAGUACCAUGUAAUAUAAAAUUUUUUGUCGCAUUUUAGGGAAUCUACACACGCCCCCUUCCCAUGAUGAUAUUCGGGAUGUGUUCAUUUUCUGCUGGGUUACUCAGCCUGAUUUUACCAGAGACCCUGAAUAAACCACUGCCAGAGAGCUUAGAGGAGACUGGGUUCGAGGGCGUGGAAGGCAUGUCAUAUGAGCGACUAGAAAUGGAACAGUACACACGUGGCGCAGUUGAUUGGAAUGAUGAUGUGUUCCAAGCGAAUGAUUCAGACUUCGAUGAUGAUCUUGUUAGCGAGAAGACGACAUUUAUCUAG